UCGUUGGAUUUGUUGCAAAACAAGCCGUUAUUGCGGCAUUAACAUGAUCCUCGAACGACAGAAUCCUUAAACACGAUUCCUGUUCUAUUCGUUCCACGAUUCCUGUUCUCACUUUACUUCGGUGAUUCGCUCUCUCUCUCUCUCUCUCUCUCUCUCUCUCUCUCUCUCUCCCUGUCUCUCUCUCUCUCUCAGUGGUGACAACUAAUGGGUAGGCGAAAAAGUAAACCUCAUCGAUCAGGUGGGAUAAUAGUAGAAACAAAUGCUAGUGCUGAAACAGAAUUAGAAGUUGGAGGAAAAGAAAAUAAUGAUUUUGGUGAUAUUUAUAAACCUUAUUUUGUUGAGGUUGACCGGUCUGGUUGGUUGUCCGAUGAACACCUUGAUAUUUCUGAAAUUGUUCUUAGGGAUUUAAAUAUAGGAGAAGGCUUUUAUGGAUUUGAAUUGUCUGAGGAUUUUUAUCAGGAUCCCCAAUUCUCGUUAAGAUUUCGGUUGUGCAAUAUCGGCAGUGAUCUUGGUCGAAUCAAACUUGGCCAUUGGCCAGUGUUACCUUACACUGAUAUUCAUCUAGAGUUUGUUAAAAGAGCUUCGGUUGACGAUACCGAAACAUGCACGGUGUUACUAUCAGGUAUUUUUGAUGGACCUGAUGAAAGUGUUUCUGGUCUUGUUCAUUUGGCGAGUAUGAAAUUUGUUACAUUGAGGGCAGUUCUUGGGAUUAAGCUUUCGGACGACAUUCCUUCCCUUAGGAUGAGGGUUGAGGUACUAAAGAGUGCCUUCGAUGCAUGCGAGUCACUUAUUGAGGGUUCUAGAAAACCAUGGAAAAAGAGUAUGAUGAAUGUUAUGUCUUGGUUACGACCAGAAAUAAUGACUUCAGAAGUUAAGUAUGGGUUUAGUAGCUAUAUGGAAAUGGAAGUUGAUUUGCAGACAGACAUGGCAGACGACGGUGGCUAUGCAGGGAAAUGCUCGAGGUUCGAUCCUGCUGGUUUUUAUGAAGCCAUCAAGCCUUCAAAAACAGAGCCAAUGCUUGAAGAUGACAUACCAGAGUUACUUCCUGAACUGAGGCCAUAUCAACGGCGUGCAGCUUUGUGGAUGGUAAAACGAGAAAAAGCAAUGGAAGAUCAGGCUGAAAUAGAAAGAAAUCAGUUUCAUUCUCCAUUAUGUGUGCCAGUGGAUUUUCUGGACACAAGGUCUAAAAUGUUUUUCAACCCUUUCAGUGGAAAUAUUUCCUUGUGUCCAGAGACUUCGUCACCUUAUGUAUUUGGAGGCAUUCUUGCUGAUGAGAUGGGAUUGGGAAAAACUGUAGAAUUGCUUGCUCUCAUCUUUGCUCACCGGAGAUCAGCAGAUGAAAGUGACACACUAAUUGAUUCAGUGCCCCAAGUCAAGGGCGACGAAAAAGUCGUUUUGAAAAGACUCAGAAGAGAGCGUGUGGAGUGCAUAUGUGGAGCUGUGAGCGAAAGUCUCAAAUAUGAAGGACUAUGGGUUCAGUGUGACAUUUGUGAUGCUUGGCAACAUGGAGAUUGUGUUGGUUAUUCAACUAAAGGAAAAUCACUGAAAUCAAAACAAGGAUUGGAAAGCAAGACAUCUAAAACCACCAUAGCUGUGACAAAUGGGGAAUAUGUAUGUCAGAUGUGCUCUGAACUAAUACAAGCUACUGAAUCUCCUAUUGCUUCUGGUGCCACUCUCAUUGUCUGCCCAGCUCCUAUUUUACCCCAGUGGCAUGACGAAAUUAUACGUCAUACACGCCCAGGAGCCUUGAAAACUUGUAUUUAUGAAGGUGUGCGUGACACAUCUUUCUCCAAUUCCUCUCUGAUGGAUAUCGGUGAUCUUGCCAGUGCGGACAUUGUAUUAACUACAUAUGAUGUGCUUAAAGAUGAUUUGUUCCAUGAUUCUGAUAGACAUAUAGGCGAUCGACACCUUUUGAGAUUUCAGAAAAGGUACCCAGUUAUCCCAACUCUUCUUACCAGAAUAUACUGGUGGAGGAUUUGUUUGGAUGAGGCUCAAAUGGUGGAGAGUACUGUUGUUACCGCUGCUACUGAAAUGGCUCUAAGACUCCAUUGCAAGCAUCGUUGGUGCAUUACAGGGACCCCGAUUCAGCGAAAGUUUGAUGACUUAUAUGGACUUUUAAGGUUCACCAAAACCGGUCCUUUCAAUAUAUACAGAUGGUGGAGUGAAGUUAUUCGAGAUCCUUAUGAGAAAGGAGAUAUGGGAGCUACGGAAUUUACACACAGAGUUUUCAAACAAAUCAUGUGGCGUUCUUCUAAACAACAUGUUGCAGAUGAACUGGAAUUGCCCUCCCAAGAGGAGUGCCUCUCUUGGCUUACACUAUCACCAGUAGAAGAACACUUUUACAAGAGGCAACAUGAAGCUUGUGUUAGAGACUCCCAUGAAGUUAUUGAAAGUUUGAGAAAUGAUAUUCUUAAUAGAAAAGUCCCAGAUUCUGUCUCUUCGAGUGGUUCCUCCGAUCCAUUAAUCACUCAAGCGGAGGCAGGGAAGCUAUUGAAUGCUUUGCUAAAGCUUCGUCAGGCUUGUUGUCACCCCCAGGUUGGAAGUUCUGGAUUGCGUUCCCUGCAGCAGUCACCUAUGACAAUGGAGGAAGUACUAACGGUCCUUAUAAGCAAGACCAAGAUAGAAGGUGAGGAGGCUCUCAGGAGGUUAGUUAUUGCUCUGAAUGCGCUUGCAGCAAUAGUAACAAUACAAAACGAUUUUUCUCAAGCUGCUUCGCUGUACAAUGAAUCUCUUACUUUAGUUGAAGAGCAUUCUGAAGAUUUUCGUCUGGAUCCGUUGUUAAAUAUCCACAUUCAUCACAAUCUUGCCGAAAUAUUCCCUCUGGCUGAAAAUUUUGCUUUGAACUUGCCAUCCAAAGGAAAACAAUUCUCUGGGACUUCCGCAGUUAAUACAACCAAAAAGCAUUAUAUUGUAAAGGUUGAUAAUGAUCAAGUGAAGAGGCAUAAAAUCAGUAACUGCGGUGACACAAGUUUAACUGGGGCUGCUUCAGAUCCAUCAAAUGUUGCAUCUAGUAGUAGUUCAGAAAAUGGAUUAAAUGAUAGGGAAUCUGAUGAUUUGUCGGCCAGUUCUGUCAAAUAUCUGAAAGCACAAUGUGAAGAUUCAAAACAUAAAUACUUAUCUGUGUUCAGUUCAAAGCUAGUUGCAGCUCAGCAGGAGUUUCAAAGCUCUUACAUGCAGGUUUGUAAUGCUUAUCACGACACCAGUACAAAUCAAAAUACAUUAUGGUGGUUAGAAGCACUUCACCACGCUGAGAAAGAUAAGGAUUUCUCAACUGAGUUGAUUAGAAAGAUUGAAGAAUCCAUCUCAGGAAAUUCAAACAAUUCAAAAUCGUCAAGAUUAGCUGCUCGUUUUCGGAGCAUAAGCUCUCUGACGUAUGAAAUUCAAACCGGAUUGGAUCAGUUAGUAGCCUCAAGGAAAGUGGUAUUAGAUCGUCUGUUAGAAAUUGACCAGACCAUGGAAAACCCAAAAGAUGAAGAUAUUGAGCGCGUUGGUAAAUGUCGAAAUUGUCAACCUAAUUGUGAUGGCCCCCCAUGCGUUCUGUGUGAACUAGAUGAAUUGUUUCAGCACUACGAAGCUAGACUCUUUGUUCUCAAGAACGAACGUGGAGAUAUAAUUUCAUCUGCUGAGGAGGCAGUAGAUUUUCAAAAGAAAAGUUUUGCUCGGAAUCAUUUCCUCUCAAACCUAUCACAAUCUAAUCAAAGUUCAUCAGUAUCUGAUAUUGAUAAUGAAGAGUCCAGAAAAAGGAAUGUUGGGCAGAAAGUUGUGACUUCAAGAUCGGCAUCUAUCCUGGAGGUUCUUCUUGGAGUUAUAAAGAACUAUUGCAAGACUCGGUUUGGAAAGGACAGUGCCUCAGCAGCGACCAAACAUUUACAUAUUCUUGAGGGAAUGCGAAAGGAGUUUGUCUAUGCAAGAUCUUUGGCAUCAGCUCAAGCUCAAUAUCUGCGUGCUCAUGAUGAAAUCAAGAUGGCGGUUUCUCGUUUACACCUAAGGGAAAAUGAAGAUGAUAAAUCUCUUGAUGCUUUAGGUGAAAAUGAAUUAUAUGCGGCUAGCUCAAACUUUUCCCAGGAGAAGUUUAUGUCGUUGGCCUUGUUGUCACAGAUAAAAGGAAAGCUACGCUACCUAAAGGGUUUGGUUCAAUCUAAGCAAAAACUGCCAUCGGAAAGUCCAGAUAACUCUUCAUGCACUCAAGAUACAAAUUCCAUGUCAAACUCUACGGAAGAGAAGGGUGAACUCAUACCUAAAACUUAUGAGGAAUCAUGCCCAAUUUGUCAAGAAAAGCUAGGCCAUAAGAGAAUGGUGUUUCAAUGUGGGCAUGUUACUUGCUGUAAAUGUUUAGUUGCUAUGACUGAGAAAAGACUUAAACAUAGCAAGACUCAUACUUGGGUGAUGUGCCCUACAUGUCGACAGCAUACUGAUUAUAGAAACAUUGCCUAUGCUGUUGAUGCACAAAAGGAAUCUCCCAAUUCGUCAAUGCUACAUACAAUUGACAAUUGUGAAAAACACGAAGCAUCCAUUACUGUUGAAGGCUCAUAUGGAACCAAGGAAUCUCCCAAUUCGUCAAUGCUGCAUACAACUGACAACUGUGAAAAACACGAAGCAUCCAUUACUGUUGAAGGCUCAUAUGGAACCAAGAUUGAAGCAGUCACAAGAAGAAUCUUGUGGAUAAAGGCUACAAAUCAUAACUCAAAAGUUCUUGUAUUUUCAAGUUGGAAUGAUGUACUUGAUGUAUUGGAACAUGCCUUUGCCACCAACAACAUCACUUUCGUCCGGAUGAAGGGAGGCAGGAAAGCACACACUGCCAUAAGUCAAUUUAGAGGAAUACAGAAUGGCACAAAAGGAUGUGAGGGGGAAGAGCCAAUAUCUAUUCAGGUGUUAUUGCUUUUAAUCCAACAUGGAGCCAAUGGCCUCAAUCUUUUGGAAGCACAGCAUGUGGUUCUUGUAGAGCCAUUACUCAAUCCAGCUGCUGAAGCACAAGCAAUCAGCCGUGUACAUCGGAUUGGCCAAAAACAGAAGACCCUCAUUCACCGUUUUUUAGUAAAAGACACAGUUGAAGAGAGCAUAUAUAAAUUGAACAGAAGCAGAAGCAAUCAUUUAUUCAUUAGUGGCAACACAAAAAAUCAAGAUCAACCUGUUUUGACCCUAAAGGAUGUGGAAUCCUUGUUGGCAAGAGCACCAAUAACUGCGCCGGAAAUCGAUGAAAAUCCUAAUAAUACAAAUACAAACCUGAGAGACCUGCCACCAUCACUUGCAGCGGCAAUAGCGGCCGAGAGAAGAUAUAAUGAGCAUAGAACAUGAUUCUCUUUUUGUCUUCGUUUCAAAGACUCCAACAAUUUUAAGAGGCAAGAAGAGUUGCGUUGAUUCUUCAGACCGUUUUAUCUACUAGUAACUAGAUUUCUUUUUUAAAAUAUCAGAAUUUCAUUUAUUUUUGUACAUAUAAUUAUGGAUACUACUUAUUUUCAAUUUUGUGCUAAGAUCUAUAAAUAAAUUAUGUUAAUUCUUUAAGUUUUAUUACUUUCCAUCUCUAGUGGUAUGAGAAAUCUUCCAAUUCAUACUGAAAUGAGUGUAACAUGGUCUUGAGCAAUGUUUUUUAGAUCGGAAA